UUCAAGUGACUAGGUAUAUAUUUUCCGACGUCCAGUAUACACGCAUGUUACCUUAACGUUCCCCACCAUCUCUCCUUUGCGCACUCAGCCGCCGCAGGUUUCAGAUCCUCGGAGGAAACAAAAACAGGCACCAUGGCUCCUACCAAGAAAUCCAAAAAGGCUAUUGAGAGCAUCAACUCUCGGUUGGCCCUGGUGAUGAAGUCUGGCAAGUAUGUCCUGGGAUACCGACAGACGCUGAAGUGCCUGCGUGCUGGCAAGGCAAAGCUUGUCAUUAUUGCCAACAACACUCCAUCUCUCAGGAAGUCCGAGAUUGAAUACUAUGCCAUGUUGGCAAAAACUGGAGUGCACCACUACUCUGGCAACAACAUUGAGCUUGGAACAGCAUGUGGUAAAUACUUCAGGGUGUGCUCCCUGGCCAUCACUGAUCCUGGUGACUCUGACAUCAUCCGUACCAUGCCCACUGAAUAGACUCAAGGCCACAGCUGUUUACCUACACCAGGAAACAUCAAACAAGCCAUCUACACCAGUCCAACCACCCACACCAGGAUACACUGGCCCAACCACCCACACCACGACACAGCAGCCCUGUCACCCACAUCAGGAUACACCGAUCCUGCCACCCACACCGGAAUACACCAGCCCUGCCACCCACACCAGGAUACACCAGCCCUGCCACCCACACCAGGAUACAUCUGCUUAACCACAACAUCUUUCUGAAAAUCAUAACACGAUAGAGAAUGCGUAAUAACAAACCAAAUCACUACAGGUAACAGUGACAUAAGCGCGCAAGUACUUACCAAAUUCCUUCUGAAUUUCUGGAUCUAGUUGUUGAUAAGAAGUCUUUUUGAAGAGCCUAGUUCCUCUUUUACCGUAUACCAUAAACUUCCUGAAAUUCCUUUUACCCAGAGCAACAGCUGAGGUUGAUAUUCCCCGGCACUGGAUAAUGGAAGUCGCCGCCGAGCCAGCCAUGUUCAGUGUUUACCUGUGGCUGUACUGCGACUGUCCCUCUUCUGAGACUGCUCCACACGGCACUUAGUAAUUGUCACGGAUUCCACUCAUAAUGGUGCCCCUUCUCUGAGUAUCACCCUCUAGUUUCUUGUACCUGUUUUUGAAUGAAUUGGUUGAUGCACAUACCGAUCACAAGCCUCUCUGGGAGACUUCCAUUUAUUGAUGAUAUCUAUUCUCCCUUUCCAUUGAGUAUUGUGCAGCCCACCUACGUAAAUGCACACCUCAAGGGCAAAACUAUUAUAUGAUAAAGAAAUAAUAAAUAAAUAUAAUGAAUAAAGUAAGUAAUAGGUAACAGAUAAUAAAAAACACACAGGUGAUAAAUAAUACACUAUGAAUAAAUGAAUAAUGGCAUUGUUUGGUACUUAAGAAAUUAUCAAGAAAGAGAAAUAAUGAAUAACGCACAAACACUAAAACGCAAGCAGUAACAUAAAUAAUAGAUAACAUACAAAUAAAGAAUAAAUAAGCCAGGAAAACGCUAUUGUUAUAUUUAUCGUGAGGGUCAAAAUAAGAAAUUAUUACAACAAAUCGAACCUGACUGAAUGAAGUGCCUGAAAAUUCUCAAUCAAAUCUGGACAACAGUAAGCCAAUAGCAGUCCAUAAGGGAGAGUGUUCCUAAAAAAUGGAAGGGCAGGGGAUACAGGACCAGGCGGGGAGGGGGGUAAACUACAGGGGAUUAACAAGACGUUUGUUUUCGCGUAUUUAUUUAUUUAUUUAUUUAUUUAUUUAUUUUACGUUUUGUGAUGAAUGAAGCGUCUUCCUCGUGCCUUUCUUUUUAUUUGUGUUUUGUUAAGUACUUGUGGGCAAGUAUACUUCAUUCACCACAGAACGCGACAAAAAAAAAAUACGCUUAAACAGACGACAUUCGUUUUCUUGCUAAUAGCAUUAUUAACUGCUUCUUCACCUCUCCCUGUGACCCUCCUCUCCCAUUCUCGAAGAACACCUUAACUUAUGGGCUGCUAUUGGCUUCCUGCUUUCAGAUUUCAGAUUUGUAAAUCAGCCAGCCAUUUUGGUUGUUGCGAUUGAUAUAAUAGAAUCUUACUGGGUUAUUUAUUGUUUAUUUGUGUGUUAUUAUUUGUGUUUUUACUUGUGUGUCAUUUAUUAUUGUGAGUUAUUGUGUCCUCCUCUUGUCAUACUGUGCCUAAUAAUCAGUUUUUUAAGUGCCAAACAGUGCCACUACGUAUUUAUAAAUGUUAUCUAUUAUUUGUGUUAUCCAUAAAAUUUAUUAUUAUU